AUGACCUGCCGGGAAGGAUUUGCUCUGGAGAACCUUCUUCAUGUGCAGAAGAGAUUCCAGGCGCCUGGUCCUCCUCCUUGAUUCAUGCACUUUGCCCAGGAGUUUGGCCAUGGAGAGCUGGGUCUGGCUCAUUGUACUUCUGGGCUGCUCUGCUGUAGCUGCAGGACUGAGCAGUGUUGUUGGAGUUGGGUCCCAUUGCGAAAAAGCAUGCAACCCUCGAAUGGGAAACCUAGCCCAUGGACGAAGAUUGUGGACAGAUACCACAUGUGGGCGCAACUCCACCGAGUUUUACUGUUCAUAUAGUGAGAAUGCGGACCUGACAUGCAAGCGGCCCAAGUGUGACAAAUGCAAUGCUGCUCACACCCAUCUGGCUCACCCGCCCUCUGCAAUGGCCGACUCUUCCUUCCGAUUGCCUCGCACAUGGUGGCAGUCAGCUGAGGAUGUGCACAAGGAGAGGAUCCAGCUGGAUUUGGAAGCUGAGUUUUACUUUACUCACAUAAUCAUGGUGUUUAAGUCACCAAGGCCAGCAGCCAUGGUUCUGGAGCGAUCCCAGGAUUUUGGGAAAACAUGGAAGCCUUACAAGUAUUUUUCCACUAACUGUUCGGCAACUUUUGGCCUAGAGGACGAUGUGACAAAGAAAGGAGCAAUUUGCACUUCAAGAUAUUCAAGUCCCUUUCCUUGCACUGGGGGAGAGGUUAUAUACCGAGCUCUGUCACCACCUUAUUCAGCUGAGGAUCCGUACAGCGCUGAAGCUCAGGCACAACUGAAGAUCACCAAUCUUCGAGUGCAGCUGCUUAAGCGACAGGCCUGUCCCUGUCAGGGUAAUGACCUGAAUGCAAAGCCUCAGCAGUUCAUACACUAUGCAAUCUAUGAUUUUAUUGUAAAGGGAAGCUGCUUUUGUAAUGGCCACGCUGAUCACUGUGUACCUGUUGCUGGAUUUAUACCUGUCAAGGCGGCAGGAGUCUUCCAUGUGGUCCAUGGAAGGUGCAUGUGUAAGCACAAUACAGCAGGCCACCACUGUCAGCACUGUGCUCCACUCUACAAUGACCAGCCCUGGCAGGCUGCAAAUGGCAAAACUGGAGCCCCAAAAGAAUGUCGAUCAUGUAAAUGUAAUGGGCAUGCUGACAUGUGUCAUUUUGACAUGGAUGCAUGGCUGGCCUCGGGGAAUCGCAGUGGUGGAGUCUGUGAUAACUGUCAACACAACACUGAAGGGCAGCAUUGCCAGCGUUGCAAGCCAGGCUUCUACCGAGAUCUCAGAAGGCCUUUCUCUGUCCCAGAUGCCUGCAAACUGUGUUCCUGCCACCCAGUUGGAUCGGCCAUGCUUCCUUUCAGCACUAAUACCUUCUGUGAUCCCAGCAACGGUGACUGCCCCUGCAAACCUGGAGUGGCAGGUCCUCAGUGUGACCAGUGUAUGGUGGGAUACUGGGGCUUUGGAGAGUAUGGCUGCAGACCGUGUGACUGUGCCGGAAGCUGUGACCCACUCACUGGUGACUGCAUCAGCGGUGCGGACAUAGUCUGGCAUCACGAAAUUCCUGAUUUCCGCUCUGUGUUUAACAAGAGUGAGCCAGCUUGGGGAUGGGAGGACGAACAAGGAUUCUCUGCUCUCCGGCAUUCAGGUAAAUGUGAAUGCAAAGAACAAGUUUUAGGGAAUCCCAAGGUCUUCUGUGGAAUGAAAUACACAUAUGUGGUGAAAGCAAAGAUUUUAUCAGCUCACGACAAAGGCUCCCAUGCAGAAGUAAACGUGAAGAUCAAGAAAGUGUUGAAAUCAACAAAGUUUAAGAUUCUGCGAGGAAAGCGAACUCUCUACCCGGAAUCCUGGACUAACAGAGGCUGCACUUGUCCAAUUCUUAAUCCUGGCUUGGAAUACCUUGUAGCAGGGCAUGAGGAAGUACGGACUGGGAGACUGAUAGUCAAUAUGAAAAGUUUUGUCCACCAGUGGAAAUCAGAUCUUGGAAGAAAAGUCCUGGAGAUUUUAAAAAGAGACUGCAACUAGAAGUGCACAAACAGGUAGGGCAUUUCUUUAUGCACAAAAUGCAAACUUCACAGACAGAAGACCUCUGAAAUGAAAACUGGAAUGUAAGAAAAUAGUUCCCAGUGUGUAGCGUGGUGUUCCAAUUCAUAGGCUCUGUCUAAUUUAACCCUUCCUGGUCAAUGUUCAUGUACUCUCCUGGAUCUUCUUUGGAAGGGUGCUCAUAUGAGCCAAUGUUACAUUAAAAAAAUGUAGGGUCUGAUUCUCAUCUCACAUACUUCAAUGUAAUUCUGAAGUAACUCC